AAUGUUGAGGUUGAAAUGACCAGUGGGUAAGGCAUUGAACAAGGAGGGAUUAGAACGGCUUCUCAGGAGGUGACAUCUUAGACAAGUGUUCCAAGAAGAGCAGGGGCUUGGCAUGCAAAUGAGAGAAAGGUGGAUUGUCUGAGAAACCUUGAGUAAUUUUGUGUGACAGCUUAUGGGGGUGGAGGCAGAUGAGGCUAAAGGUAGACUGGGACCAGGCUGUGAAGGAUUUCAAUGUCAUACUGCUUUUUUUUCCCUUUAGGACAGGUGAUGAGUUCUUAAAGAUUUUAAAGUGUACCAUGGCAUGAUUUUAUUUUUAGAAAAGCAGUCUUGGUGGUAAUGUGGAAGACAUUGGAAUUGUGCCUGGAGGCAAGGACACCAGGUAGAGUGAUGUAGUGGGAAGGACAGUUAGAAGAAAUAAAUCCCUGGGAUGCAACCAAGUCAUCUGGACGUAGGGAGGCAGAUUCAGGAGUUAUCAGCCAAUGUAUAGAAGGCUACAGGAAAUAUACUCCCAGGAAAGUUUGUACAUCUCUAGAAAACUAGAGGUUGAGGAAGAACCUGGGGAUGAUCAACGUUUGAACAGCCGGCAGAGAAAAAGAAAACAGACUAGGAAGAACAGCCCGAGAAGUAGUAGGACCAGGAAAGAUUUGAUUUAUGGCGUACAAGGAAGGGGAGAGUUUUUGAGAAGGGCGUUAAUAGCACUCAAGUGCCACCUUAUAAGGGCUGAAAGUACUGCUUGGGUUUGGCAGAUAGGGAUCUCUUCAGUGGCCUGGAGGCUGUUCAGUAGAGUAGUGGGUAUGGAAGUUCCUUGGCAGUGGGUUAAGAAGGCAGUUAAGUGAGUGGGUGUAACACCUCUGUAAGUGCUUGCCUGUGAGCAGUACAGAGGGUAAUUAAGGACAUUUUCAUAUGAAGGAUAUGUAAGUGUUUGUACACUUCAGUGAUGAUAAUUUGUUUUUUUCUCCAGUUUCAAUUGUUGCUAUUCCUAAGGAACCAGUGGUAGUUACCAACAUGAACGCAGGGAAAAUGUGGCAUGAGAAAAGCCAUACAGGUCAGGCACUCCAUGUCCAGAUUAAUUGCUCAAUAGACUGUCAAAUGUAAGUUGAAAUCUCACUGAGUUAAAUAUAAUUUGUGCAAAUGGGCCAUGAGUCAGAGAUGUCAGAAAUAUACAGGAACUUUAAAACGUUAAUUCACCACAAAUUAGAAAUUCAGUAGCCAUAGAUGAUAUUUCCUAGUACUUUUUUUAUGUUCCGGUUUUUUAAGCUAGGGGAUUUGUCUUUGCAUUUCGGUUGGUAGAACAAAUAAAUUCUACACAGUUUGUAUAUAAUGUGUAUGUGUAUAUAGUAUGUACUGUGUUCAGAGCUUAUGAAUGAGAGGCUCUCUGCUUAAAUCUAAGGAUGACUGACAGUUAUUUUAUAUGUGGCCAAAAUAAAAAAUUUUUAUCACCGAUCUUAUAACAUUCAACAAAAAGCUUAAAUGCUUUGGUGUCCAGCCUGACAAACACCAAGUUUUAUAAAGGAAUUAUAGAAAGAUAUAAGCCAAGGUCAAAAAAUAAAAUAAAAAUUGAAGUAAACCCAUUGAAGUACCAUGGUAAAAUCAGGAGUCCUGGUGGUGCAGUGGGUAAGUGAUACAUACGGCUGCUAACCAAAAGGUUGGCAGUUGUAAUCCACCAGCCGACCCUUGGAAACCCUAGGGGGCAGUUCUACUCUUUUCUGUAGGGUUGCUAUGGGUCUGAAUCGACUCGACAGCAGUGGGUGUGGGGUAUGGUAAAAUCUUAGUCUUUUUGCAGUGAAAAAUAUGUUUUGUGAAUUAAUCGCAUUCUAUUACUUUUUUUUUAUUACUUAAUUUUAGGUUUCUUUGGUCACUUAUUUUCUGUUUAUAAAUUUUAUAAUAGCUUUCCAGUUUUAUAUUCUGGGUUUUGUAAAUGCUAAAUAUGUGACUCUUUAUUAAUAUACUUUAUACGUAAAGUAAAAAUGAAGAUAUCAAACAAUUAUUAAUUAAACAUGUAUAACUAAUAAUUCCCCUGAAUUUAUAUAUGUAAAGUGAGGUCAUGCGCAUAGAAGUGUUUUAUAAAUUAGGUAGUUAGAAAUUAAGUAGUUAAUUUUUAAGUGUAGGAGAGGUAUAAAAAUUCAAUCUAAAUUUAAUAGAGAAACAUAAUUAAGUUACUUCAGAGCAAAGAGGUAAAAUAAAAAUACGUUCAACUUCAAAGAGCUGAAUCCAUGAAUAUGAAGAUAAUAUAGAUGUACCGAAAUAUAUAUUUUAAAUACAUUUUAUGAGUUCUAGGAUCGGAAUCGACUGGGUGUUUAGGAUGGAAAAAAUUAUUUUGGGUUGGGGGGAAUAAGGGCAGAAGGAGAUUAGCACAUGAAAGGAAAGGCUUUUCAUGGGUUUUGUCCUGUGUAGAUAGCAGCAGUCUUUGAAAAAAUGUAUCAUUUUAUACAGCCUUUUUACAGUUCUGAAACUUAGUACUGCUACUUCUUUAACUUGCACAAUGCUGUCUAUUGUAAAGCAUGCAUGUCAAAACCCAGAAUCUGCACUGUCACUUCCUUAUUGUAAAUCCGGCUCUGCUACUAAAGUUAAUAUGCCCGAGACAGAGUGUAAAUUCCUCAGGGUCUUGAAAAAAACUUUGAGAAUGGAAAAAAAAAGUUAAGUUUUAUCUCCAAGACACUAAAAGUAGUAAUGGUACCUUUAUAAAUAGCCAGAGAUUGAGUCGAGGCUCUGAAGAAAGUCCACCAUGUGAAAUUCUUUCUGGCGAUAUUAUUCAGUUUGGGGUAGAUGUGACGGAGAACACACGGAAAGUUACCCAUGGGUGUAUUGUUUCCACAAUAAAACUUUUUCUACCAGAUGGUAUGGAAGCCCGGCUCCGCUCAGAGGUCAUCCAUGCCCCAUUACCAAGUCCUGUUGACAAAGUUGCUGCUAACACUCCAAGUAUGUACUCUCAGGAACUAUUCCAGCUUUCUCAGUAUCUACAGGAGGCCUUACACCGGGAACAGAUGUUGGAACAGAAGUUAGCCACGCUACAGCGGUUACUGGCCAUCACCCAGGAGGCUUCAGAUACCAGUUGGCAGGCUUUAAUAGAUGAAGAUAGACUCUUAUCACGGUUAGAAGUUAUGGGAAACCAAUUACAGGCAUGCUCCAAAAAUCAAACAGAAGAUAGUUUACGGAAGGAGCUCAUAGCAUUACAGGAGGAUAAACAUAACUAUGAGACGACAGCCAAAGAGUCCCUGAGGCGGGUUCUUCAGGAGAAAAUUGAAGUUGUUAGAAAACUUUCAGAAGUUGAGCGAAGUUUGAGUAAUACUGAAGAUGAAUGUACCCACUUGAAAGAAAUGAAUGAACGGACUCAGGAAGAAUUAAGAGAAUUAGCCAACAAAUAUAAUGGAGCAGUUAAUGAGAUUAAAGAUUUGUCUGACAAGUUAAAGGUAGCAGAGGGGAAACAAGAGGAAAUCCAACAGAAGGGACAAGCUGAGAAAAAAGAAUUACAACAUAAAAUAGAUGAAAUGGAGGAAAAAGAACAGGAGCUUCAGGCAAAAAUAGAAGCUUUGCAAGCUGAUAACGAUUUCACCAACGAAAGACUAACAGCUUUACAAGUACGGUUAGAACAUCUUCAGGAGAAAACUCUUAAAGAAUGCAGCAGCUUAGGGAUACAAGUCGAUGACUUCUUACCUAAAAUAAAUGGGAGCACAGAAAAAGAGCACUUGCUUUCAGAGAGUGGCGGGGACUGCACUUUUAUUCGUCAGUUCAUAGAGUGCCAGAAGAAGCUGAUCGUCGAGGGGCAUCUAACCAAAGUGGUAGAAGAAACAAAGCUUUCAAAAGAAAACCAGGCAAGAGCAAAGGAGUCUGAUUUAUCAGAUACCCUGAGUCCAAGCAAGGAAAAAAGCAGUGACGACACUACAGACGCCCAAAUGGAUGAGCAAGACCUAAAUGAACCCAUUGCUAAAGUGUCUCUAUUAAAAGAUGACUUGCAGUGUGCACAGUCAGAAAUUGAGGCAAAACAAGAAAUUCAGCAUCUUCGCAAGGAAUUGAUUGAAGCCCAGGAGCUAGCUAGAGCAAGUAAACAAAAAUGCUUUGAACUUCAAGCUCUUUUGGAAGAAGAAAGAAAAGCCUAUCGAAAUCAAGUUGAAGAAUCCACUAAACAAAUACAGGUUCUUCAAGCCCAGCUGCAGAGGUUACACAUGGAUAUUGAGCAUCUCCGGGAGGAGAAGGACAAGGAGAUCACAAGCACUCGAGAUGAAUUGCUUAGUGCCCGAGAUGAAAUUUUGCUUCUUCAUCAAGCCGCAGAAAGGGCUGCCUCUGAGCGGGACACUGAUAUUGCUUCUUUGCAAGAAGACCUUAGGAAGGUACGAGCUGAGCUUGAGCGGUGGCGGAAAGCAGCAUCUGAAUAUGAGAAAGAAAUUGUGAGUCUGCAAAACAGUUUUCAGCUUCGAUGUCAGCAGUGCGAGGACCAGCAGAGAGAGGAAGCAACAAGGUUGCAAGGUGAACUAGAGAAGUUGAGAAAAGAAUGGAAGGUAUUGGAAACCGAAUGCCAUUCUCUAAAAAAGGAAAAUGUUUUGCUUUCAUCGGAACUGCAGCGGCAAGAAAAAGAAUUGCACAAUUCACAGAAGCAGAGUUUAGAGCUUACCAGUGAUCUCAGCAUCCUUCAGAUGACUAGAAAAGAGCUUGAGAAUCAAGUGGGAUCUUUGAAAGAACAGCAUCUUCGGGAUUCAUCUGAUUUAAAAACUCUUCUCAGUAAGGCUGAAAACCAAGCAAAGGAUGUACAGAAAGAGUAUGAAAAGACACAGACUGUACUCUCAGAACUGAAGUUGAAGUAUGAAAUGACUGAGCAGGAAAAGCAGUCAAUCACAGAUGAGCUCAAACAAUGUAAAGACAACCUGAAGCUGCUCCAAGAAAAAGGAAAUAAUAAACCCUGGCCCUGGAUGCCCAUGUUGGCUGCCCUGGUGGCGGUGACAGCCGCCGUGCUGUACGUGCCAGCUCUGGCCAGAGCUUCUCCAUGAGAGCGUUUCUUGAGUCCGUACACCGUCCUCCCUCUAGAAGCUGGCAUCACACUCAUGCUGGGGACAAACAGAACCAUUUCCUUCCUUUUUACCUCUUAAAACAGCAGGCGUGCAAGAAUACAGCUGUAGGGUCAUUGCUUUAAAUUAUAUAAAAUGUAUCUGUCUAUAAAGAGGAUAUAAAAUUGUGACUUUAUUCUACUGUAAGCAAUAAUUUGCUUGCAAUUUUUCAUGUAAUUUUUAAAUUAGUAUGUUGAGAUUCUAAAUAUUAUGGUGGCCUAAAGUAGGCUUCUUGGUACACCGAAUUAUUUAUACCUUUAAAUUUAUGGGUAUUUUACUCUGAAUUCUGAUGACCAGAUAAUUCACCUUUCUGAUUCGAUAGCUACCCAAACCAAACAGCCAAAUACGUACAUGGGAAGAGGCCCUGUGUGCUCAGUGCCUAUCAGUUUGAAAUAUAUACACAUAUAUAUAUUUUUUUUACAUACUUACGUCAUUUUUACUUAUUAGGAAACCACUGAGCUAUUGGGAACAAGACUUAGAGACAAUUAUUUGCGUGGAUUUUUUUUUUUUUUUUUAAAGGAAAAAUACAUUUGGAAAAUAUUCUGUUAUAGUGAUAAUCUGGGGAAUAUGUACAUGCUUGUUCGGCCUUAACGUGACUUGAAGAUGUGGAGGACAUCAACUUUGACAAACUUUCCAUGAGAGUGUGUAUUUUCUUGGGCAAACUGAAGUAUUUCUGGGAGCAAAAAACAUAGUAAUUACACAAUUUCAGUGCAGUAAACCAAACUGUUGAGUCAAUUGGAAUGUAAUUUAUUACACCUCAUGUAUUUAAAGAAAUAUUUUCUUUGAAAGCCAAGUUACUUUCUCAUAUACAGCAUUUUAGGAAGCAUGCUUUCUCCCCCCACCCCCGCCCCCCAUCAUCUGUUCCUCCAAGCAUGUUUAAUUGAAGAAAGAGUUAAUAUCUCUUUAGAUAAGCUUUUAUUGACUUAAUUUGAUUAUGGUGUUACGGAGCUAAUGUUCGCGAUGAGCUGUUGAUACCUGCGUACCAACAGAUACCCUCGUUGGGUAUGCAAAUAGUUAUUUUCUUUGAAUUGUUGUUAAUUGGGACAUUCUGUUAAUGAGAAGCACUAUUUCCAAGAUUACAUAAUAGUGUUCCAUGCACAAGGAAGCACCUAAACACUGCUUGAUAAUUAUCAACUUAAAACACAGAAGUGAGAGUUUAGCUAUAUGGUUUUGUGCAGCACUGCAGUCAUGUCAGUAAAGUUGAUUUAGGUCACAGAAUCUCCUAAAGUAUCACAUAGUUAAAUUUUACAGUCAGUGAAGACUGGAGGGAAUGUCAGUAAAUUGACUUGAAUGUUCUGUGGCAAUCCACAGGUCUAGCCAAAUAUUAAAAAAAGGAGUUUAGGAUAUAAUUUGCCUUGUGAUGUUUGACGGUCAUUGUUUGUACUUUUAAGGUUAUAUUUUAAGCUAUUUGGAUUUGCUGUUGGGAGGAUCACUAGAUUUAUGGAGGAAUUAGUCACAAAUGACUUGUAGAAAAUACUGUCUGUCAUAUAGUUCAUUUCAUCAUUUUCUGUUGCAGGAAGCCACUCCACCACAGAAUGCUAAUACGCCAGUGGUACCCAGUACCUCCUGUAUAUAGGUUAUUGCAAAUAUUGUUCUGAAAUGCUUAACUUCAGAAUUACAUUUUUUAAAGUAAAUAAUUGUUUUAAAUCUAUUUUGUAAAGAUAUAAAGUACAAUAGAAUUUCUGGAGUACAGAUUAAACUAUUUGCACUAACACACGUGAUGUGCAUGAUUUAAUAAAAUAACUUUCCUCUCCCCACGCA